GCCCGCCUGGCUCGGCUCUCCCGCUCCGUCACCUUCAGCGCCUGCCACCGCCUGCACAGUAAAUCACUGAGUGAUGAAGAAAACCUGAAGCUGUUUGGGAAAUGCAAUAACCCAAAUGGGCAUGGACACAACUAUAAAGUGAUAGUCACGGUGCGUGGAGAGAUUGACCCAGUCUCAGGGAUGGUUAUGAACCUGACAGACCUGAAAGAAUAUAUGCAGGAGGCAAUCAUGGACCCACUCGACCACAAAAACCUGGACAAGGAUGUGCCCUACUUUGCUGAGGUUGUCAGCACCACAGAGAACGUUGCAGUGUUCAUCUGGGAGAACCUCCAGCAGCUCCUGCCCGUGGGAAUUCUGUAUAAGGUGAAAGUGUACGAAACAGACCAGAAUGUUGUUGUUUAUAAAGGAGAAGAAACAGUUGCCAAGAAGCGAUAA